CGACUCGGCGCGCGCUCGGGAGGCUUCGGAGGCCGAGGGGCGGGCACUCUACUGAGCUACUCUCCUGAGCUGCUCUGCCUGCGUCCGCUCUUCUUGCAGCAAAGGGUGGACGCAGAUCUUCGGAGGCGCAGGACUGCACACCAGAUAGAAACUUUGGGGCGUCCAGAGUGCGGCUGACCGGACAAUCGGUUGGCUCUUCGUGCGUGGUCUUCAGGAUUAGCCGCUCAAGGCAGCGAGAUGUCGAAGCCGCCUCCCAAACCAGUCAAACCAGGGCAAGUUAAAGUCUUCAGAGCUCUGUACACCUUUGAACCCAGAACUCCAGAUGAAUUGUAUUUUGAGGAAGGCGACAUUAUCUACAUCACUGACAUGAGUGAUACCAACUGGUGGAAAGGAACCUGUAAAGGCAGGACUGGGCUAAUUCCAAGCAACUAUGUGGCUGAGCAGGCAGAAUCCAUUGACAAUCCACUGCAUGAAGCUGCAAAAAGAGGCAACUUGAGCUGGUUGAGAGAGUGUUUGGACAACCGAGUGGGUGUUAACGGCUUAGACAAGGCUGGAAGUACUGCCUUAUACUGGGCUUGUCAUGGUGGCCAUAAAGAUAUAGUGGAAGUGCUAUUUACUCAGCCAAAUAUUGAACUGAACCAACAGAACAAGUUGGGAGACACGGCUUUGCACGCUGCUGCCUGGAAGGGUUAUGCAGACAUUGUCCAGCUGCUUCUGGCAAAAGGUGCUAGAACAGACUUAAGAAACAAUGAGAAGAAACUAGCCUUGGACAUGGCUACUAAUGCUGCCUGUGCAUCUCUCCUGAAAAAGAAGCAGGGAACAGAUGCAGUUCGAACAUUAAGCAACGCUGAGGACUAUCUUGAUGAUGAAGACUCGGAUUAAUCCCCUUCUGGAGCUUAGAGAUCUAAAACUUCUUUUCCUUUUGCCAUUCCAAAACCUUGUUGCCAGAAGAGUAUUGGUAACUGUGAAAAAAAAAG